GAUGUCAGGUGAUGCACCGCCUCGAGUCACCUGCGACGACAUGAGAGCAACCAAGCACCGACUCGAGCGUUAAAAUCACGAUAUUCCACGUCGGGAGUCCGGUUGUUGGCUGUCGUCGUGAGGAUGUCGGCGUGUGAAACAGCUGAGUCAUGUGAAGCUCCUCCGUCAGACUUGAGGCUCGUCCUGGUUGGUAGAACCGGAUCAGGACGAAGUUCCUGUGGGAACAUGAUCCUAGGAGGUCCGGUGUUCCCCGUGGACGUCUCCCCCCGCUCAGUCACCAUGGCGACCACCAGACGGAUGGGGUCAGUGGAUGGACGGAGUGUCUGUGUGACUGACACGCCAGGAUUCUUCCACUCCCACUUGUCCCAGCAGGAGCUGGUGGUGGAGCUGCGGCGGUCGGUGGAGCUCUGCACACCUGGACCACACUGCUUUUUAGUGACUUUGCAGCUGGGCAGGCUGACGCAGGAGGAGAGGGAUUCUCUGGAGUGGUUCAGGAUUACCUUUGGUCCCCAAGCGUCCCGGUUCUCCUUGGUUCUGUUCACCAGGGGAGACCAGCUGCAGGGCAGAACCAUCAAGGACUUUGUGGAAGACAGCAAUGAGAUGUCAGAGCUUGUCCAGAGCUGCCACGGUGGUUACCACGUCUUCACUAACCAGGCCGACCCUCAGCAGGUCCAGGAGCUGCUGGAGAAGGUGGACAGGCUGCUGACAGAAAACCAAGGGUGUUGCUAUGACGACCAGAUGCUGAGGGAGGCCGAGGCGGCCAUGUCUGCAGCUAUGGAGACGGUGGGACGAGGGCGGUGGUGCCUUCAGUCUGAGGAGAGGCGAGAGGAAGAGGACAGGAGGAAGGCAGAGCGGCUGUUCUGGUGCGAGCUGCUGACCGCGGUGGGGAAGGGGGCGGCGGAGGGGGCCGGGAUCCUGGACAAGGACAGGCCCGUGAAGAAGGGGAAGGUGGUGCGGAAAGCUGCCGCCCUCGUCACCGCACCGAUAUCACUCAACUCUGCUGCCAAAGUGGUGAGCGGAGCAGUGAGGGAGGGAAGUCGGGUCUUCUUCAAGCACCACAAGACCCUCUUCUGAGGUCAUCACCCACAAACUGGAGUCUUUACAAUAAAGGUUUGUCCCAAUUAUUUGUUCA